UUGAGGGUCAUGCGGUAUAUUUUAUCGAUAAAUCGGCGGUCACACUGCAAGUGACUGCAAAAUUUGCGGAAUUUUAUUAAUUAAAUUGUUUAAAACAAAACGAAACUAAAACACACAAUAUGCUGAUCAAAGUAAAGACGCUGACCGGGAAGGAAAUCGAGAUCGAUAUUGAGCCCACAGAUAAGGUGGACCGCAUCAAAGAGCGUGUGGAGGAGAAGGAGGGCAUACCGCCACAGCAACAGCGUCUAAUCUUUUCCGGCAAACAAAUGAACGAUGACAAGACUGCGGCUGACUACAAAGUUCAAGGUGGUUCGGUGCUGCAUUUGGUGCUGGCUCUGCGCGGAGGUCAUGCCUAGUCCUCGGAUAUUGGUGAAUCUUAGUAAAUUUUGUUAAGAACUAUUGCCACCUCGCAGGCGCGAGGAGAGCUUACAUCUUUUUCUACAAGCCCACUCAAAUAAAUAUGAAUCGCCCAUGAAUCGGUAUAUAAAUAUAUAAAAAA